CGUUUCUCCAGAAACUUCCCCUACGUUCCUCUCGAUAUAAACCUUUCGCUCUCUGCGUUAUCGGGUUUUUCCUUCAAUCAAUUUGUACGAUUUUUGCGAGAUUGAGAGGAAGGAGAGAGACCCAUCCACAAAACAAAAAAAAAAGAAAAAAAAAAAGAAAAGAGAUUUGCAAAUUCCUUCGUGAUUUUUCUCUGCCAUCAUUCUAUAUGAUGUCUUACUCCAGAAGGUCAAGGUAUUCCCGUUCUCCAUCUCCAUAUAAGAGAUAUGGUAGAUCUAUCUCAAGAUCUUUGUCAAGGAGCCGGUCAAGGAGUCCCUCAAGUGAUGUGGAUAAUCCUGGUAAUAACCUGUAUGUCACAGGGUUGUCCCCCCGAAUGACAAAGAGAGAACUUGAAAAGCACUUUGCAACGGAGGGGAAGGUGGUGGAUGUUCAUCUAGUGGUUGAUCCAUGGACAAGAGAGUCUCGUGGUUUUGGGUUUGUUACGAUGUCAACUGUUGAGGAAGCUGAUCGCUGCAUUAAGUAUUUGAAUCGCUCUGUAGUUGAAGGCCGUGUAAUUACAGUGGAGAAGGCAAGGAGGCGAAGAGGGCGUACUCCUACUCCAGGAUUCGAGGUAAUUCGUCGAAGAACUCCAAGUUACUCUCCUAGUCGAAGAACUCCAAGUUACUCUCCUAGUAGAAGAACUCCUAGUUACUCUCCUCGUCAAUCUCCCAGCUACUCUCCUUACCGAAGGAGCUUGAGUGGGUCAUCUCGAUCAUCAGACCGAUCUAGGAGUAGAUCGUACUCUCCCUACUAUAGACGUCGUCGCAGAUCAUUCUUACCUUACUAUAGAAGGCGUAGAUCAUAUUCUCCAUAUGAGUCACCUUACUAUAGAAGGCGUAGGUCAUAUUCUCCAUAUGAUGGUCGUCGUAGGUCUUACUCAAGGUCACUGUCACCGUACAGCAGGUCACCUGUGAGCCGUCGGGACCGUUCCUACUCUCCCUACUCCAGGGAUGAUUCCCCAUAUGAGCACUACUAUGGAAGAAGGUAUCGCUAUCGCUUUGCUUCUCGUAGUGUCUCACCAAGGGCAAGGAGGAGGUCAAGAAGGAGCUACUCACGUAGUGUCUCACCCAAGCCCAGGAGGAGUUCAAGGAGUAGCUACUCUCCUAGUGUUUCUCCUCGACAGAGGAGUUCAAGAAGGAGCUACUCUCCUAGUGUUUCUCCUUCACGAAGGCGCUCAAAAAGGAGCUACUCUCCAAGCAUCUCACAGAGUCAGAGGUUGUCAAAGUCUUACAGGGUUUCAUCUAGACGUGACCUUUCUCAGGAUAGCUACUCCAGGAGUAGCAGGAGCCGGAGCUUGAGUCGGAGUGUGAGUGCAAGUUCCAGAUCAGUUUCAAGGUCUGUUAGCCCUCGGUCUUCAUCACCUACCUCUUAGAAGAGAGAUUCUGGAAGUCUAGCCUCUGGUAGGGCUGUGGUGAUCUUGGUACUAAAUAGAUAAAUUUAACUGCUUAAAUAGUACCUUUGUGGUUCUUGAGAAGCUAGUUUGUUACAGACUUCCCUGUAUAUUUGGGGGGUUAAAGCUGUCACCUUCUAUUCUCUGUUAAGUGAUUUUAUUUUAUGUCUUAUUUCAGUUUGUAAGUGGCUUAGACCUGAAGCUGUGGUAAAUAUUUGUUAGGUUCUUAAUUUACAAGUUACAUCGACCAGAAUUUAUAAAGAUGAAGUUGAUGUGAUUCAUCUAGACAAAUACAAUAUGACUGGGUUGUGAC